AUGAGUUCCGCCGAAGUAGCUUCCCCGUUCUUUCGCCAACCAUUCCAGGCUGGCGUGAAGCACUCGUUAUCCAUGGCUGCGUUGAUGCAAUCAAAUAACGAACCUGUUACCGUCCCUAAUCCAUUGUCCGGACCCUCCGCCUCCAUCAUUUCAAGCUCGCCAGAAUCUGCCGCCUCCCUGAAGCAUACGAAACCAGACUCGAGUCUUACCUCCAUUGCCAGUGCUGGCUUGAACGUCUCACGGUCAAGAGACUCGUUGCCACCCAUGACAACGCCUACACAGCCAGUCGGUCCGGUGGAUCGACUAGUAGAACAUGAGAAGGAGCCUGAGCAAAACAGCUCACAGGUCGCAAGAGAAGCUCUCGGUGCAACCGAGAAGCAACAGAUGAAUUCGAUUAAUGACUCCGUACAUAUGUCCGAUCAGAUGCAGGUCGAUGCGCAUUCGACUUCAGGUAAUGCGGCGGAUGCCUUUGGAACGGUCGAUAACAGCACGUCCCUGAUGAAUACGUCUACAGUCGCCAGUCCGGGCCCGAUAGAAGAUUCGGCAUCACAGGAUGGGGAUCGACCACGUCAUAGGGACGAAAUGGACUUGCAGGAUGCAAGUAACAAGUCCUUCUCUUACCCCAUGCCGACGGCGGGUCUUGGUGAUCCCCGUCGUGGCCUGAGCUUACCAGGUUCUGGAUUUAAUAAGGCCGGCCAGCGAUCGCCAUCGGCUAAAAAACACCGUUGCCCAUACUGUUCUACGGAAUUCACGAGGCAUCAUAACCUCAAAAGCCACCUUCUUACCCAUAGCCAAGAGAAACCGUACGUGUGCCAGACUUGCCAAUCACGCUUCCGAAGACUUCACGAUUUGAAAAGACACACGAAACUCCACACCGGAGAGCGUCCACACAUCUGUCCCAAAUGUGGGCGUCGGUUUGCUCGUGGUGACGCUCUCGCUCGACAUAACAAAGGGCAAGGCGGAUGCGCCGGUCGUCGGGCGAGCAUGGGAAGUUAUGCUCCUGAAGAUGAAUAUGGCGACGCUGGGGGCCAUCCAGGUGCGGAGGAUACGAUGGAUGGCCUCGUUUAUGCAGAGCCCGAGCGCAUGGAUGAAGAGGAUGAACGCCGAAUGAGCAUGCCCAGCAUUAAAAAACAUGAUAUUACCACAGAUUCGAUCACGCGAUCCAAUACCGCAAAUAGUUAUCAGCCGCGGCAGCCGAGCACAUAUCCCCCAAUUGCGGCUGGCAGGCCAUCUCCAGGGGGCCUUUUCCCUCCGCCUGCGAGUCACGGCGGCUCCAGCGCCUCAGCAUCCCCCAUCUCGCAACCUGGUAACUUGACAUUUCCACCUCCUGGUCAGCAUUCCGGAGCCUCAAUAUUCCAACCAUCAAAUGUCACCGACAGCCCAAAGCCACUUUCACCCAAUGCACUACCUUCACAUCAGCUCGGCCAUGGCCCUGAACUUCAUCGCGCUCACUCUCCAGGCAUGGCGCAGUCAUUCCAGCAACAACCAUAUACCAGGUCGGGGUCCUCUCAGGCAUCUGUUGCAAAUCAUACCGCUGGUAGUUUAGGCCUUCCCCCGCCACAACCUGGCGCCCCUCAGCUUCCUCCGCCACCUGGAUUGAACACCUCAGAUUCUCGCUUUGCAAUUCACUCUCAGAGCUCUGUGCAACCAGCACCGGCCGCUACGAAACAUACCCCACCCCACAGCCUUUCUAGCAACCAUAAUGGACCUCUGACAUCCAAAACAGGCCCGGAGGUGACGGCAAAUAAUAAUGGGCAUCUUCCGGGACCACAUGACUCGAAUUAUGCUGAUCAGAAUCGUGAACGAGAGGAUAAGCUCUGGGCAUAUAUUCGUUCUGUUCACGAAGAACUAACAGGACUGAAGACCGAAGUAGCGGCUUUAAGGGCACAGCUUGCAUCAGCAAACGUAAAUGCGCUGACAUCAUCGGCACCAAAUGCUACACAACCUCAGGUUGAGCCGAGCACUGUCAGUGCAGGCCAACGGUGA